AUGGAUGAAGAGAAACUGACCUCUCUCAAGAUAUUUUUUUCAGACUACAGCUUCAGUAGAAGUGAUGUGUACAGAAGUGCUCACCUGCCAAGCAACAGUUCCAUCCUUUCCAUCCAAAGGUCUGCGAGUCCUUCACCACCGAGUUGCUGUUGGCAUUCUUGCCUGCUGUACCCAAGGAAAGCCAUGAUGCCUUAUAGUCAGAAGACCCAACAGGGAAAGUAUGAGAGGAGUCUUCAUGCCCAAAGAGGGAUGCUACAACUGAUGGGUGAGCUGGUCUCUGUGUCUCAGGUGGAGAAGGCAACUGCCACAGCCACAGCCUCCUCCAUUCCUCUCAUCCCAGCUACCUCAGAGGAGGUGAAUGAGGGCAAUGUCUUCGGCCCUGUGUCUUUGGUGCAACAUGCAGCAUCUUUAGUGCCCUUCUUGCUUUUCAAGUAUCAGAUGAAGGAGCCCACCACCAAGGCAGAAAUGUUGAAUCAUGUGAUCAGAAGUCACCACGAGUACUUCCCUGUGAUCCUCAACAAUGCUUCUGAGAGAAUGCAGCUGGUCUUUGGCAUUGAGUUGAAGGAAGUGGAUCCCACCCACCACGCCUACAUCCUUGUCACUUCCUUAGGGCUUACAUAUGAUGGGAUGAUGAGUGAUGUCCAGGGCAUGCCUAAAACGGGCCUCUUGAUAAUGAUCCUGGGUGUCAUUUUCAUAGAGGGCAAUUGUGCCCCUGAAGAGGUGGUCUGGGAAUCUUUGAGUGUGAUGGGGGUGAGUCCUGGGUUAUCGCACUACUUUUAUGGGAAUCCCAGGAAGUUAAUCACUGAAGAUUUUGUGCGGGAACAGUACCUGGAGUACCGGCAGGUGCCCAACAGUGAUUCUGCUCGCUUUGAGUUCCUGUGGGGCCCAAGGGCCCAUGCAGAAACCAGCAGGGUGCAAGUCCUAAAACACUGGGCCAAGUUCAGUGGGUGUGAUCCAAAGUCCCUCUCAGACUUGUAUGAAAAAGCUUUGAGAGAUGAGGAGGAGGGCACCCAGGCUUAA